CGGACGGGACAGAUAUACGGUCCGACCGACGGACGCCACCACUGCCCCUCCGCGCGUCGCGCUCGCUUCGCCAGUCGGUCGCGCGUUACCAAGCCAGGUGGAUGUUGUAUGAGUUCGCGAAUGCCCUGCGCUAAAAAGCUUACAACCCCCAUAGUUUUGUAAUUCAUAGCCUACAUUCUACGGUUUUCUACUGUGUGUUCAUAUUCAACACUUUUUUUUAACCAGUUCUGCGUAAUAUUUUACUAGUGCUUCGUUGCAUUUGUGACAGGGAAUUAAGGAACACACAGUGCCUUUUACGACGCUCUCGAGUGAGUUGAGAGCAGGAUCUUUUGAAGAAAAGAUCAGGACGGAAAAGUGAAUUACGACACACAGAAGAUAGUUUCCUAGGUGGAAAAAUGGGAGCGCGACAGAGCAAAAGGUCCGUGGACAUAACAACAACGCCGAAAAAGGAAGGUUUACCCGCUGAAGGAGGCGUAGGAGAUGCUGCGGCACCUGGCGAUGGAAAACUAGAAAGGAUCGAGGAAACGGACACAAAACCCACUACCAAUGGCAUAACUCCACACACGGAAACUGUUGAGGAGAAGAAGGAUGAGGCCACUGAGAAGGAGGAGGUGAAAUCUGAGGAAACGAAAGCAGAACCCACAGUGGAAGCUCCUACUGAGGCUGCCGAGGUCACAACACCUACCGAAGAAACCUCUGCCAGUCCAAAUACCACCACAUCGCCAGAAAGCAAGGAAACCAAAAAAAAAGAUAAGACAAGGAGACACAAGUUCUCGUUCAGGACUUUCAGCUUUGGCAAAAAAGAUAAGACCAAGCCUGCCAGAGAGGACACACCCAAGAACGGAGAUGUCGCUAAGGAAGAGCCCCUGGUUGAGGGUGGUGAGGAAGCAGAGAAUGCUGCAUGCAGUCCAGUUGAGAAGUCCGAAGUGAGCAGUCCGGUCGAAAGCGAAGCUGCCGUCCCAGCACAGGCGACGGAAGCUAAGGAAGUCGAGCCUGCUGCAAGUCCGGCUAAGGAAAAGAAAGAAGAGACUAAUCCUGUCGUGGAAAAAGAAAAGCCUGCCGAGAAAGUCGAGGCUGUUAUCGCUGAGAAAGUCGAGGUCAGUGCAGGAGCGCGGCCUCCGACAGGCUCGCAGUUUGUAGAGGUCAACGCCUCCCACACCAAGCCAAUCGCGACGCCGUCUAUCAUUGAGAGGAAAACCAGUGAGGAUCUCCCAUCCCGAUUCCCGUCCAGUCCUCCACCAACACCUAUAGAUCCUUCACCCUUGCAACAGGCUCAGCAAGCAGCGGCGAGUGCCACGGCCUUAGCCGAGGCUCUCAAGCUUCCUGCCGAGGCUGCCAGCAAAGAGACACCCAUCUCGUUGUCGUCGUCGUCCCAGUCGUUUGAAGAUCACACAAGUCAUUUUUCCAAAGGAUCUGUCGCGCCACUCGAGUCCCAAUCAGAAAUCGAAUCCCUGAUAGAAAAUAGCAAAUCCUCGGAAAACAAUCUGCCAGAAUCAGCUGUUGUUCAAGAGUCUCCGGAAGAAGUUGAAAAGCAAGACCUAGGAAAUGGAGACACAGAUUUGGUCAUUCUAACAGAGGAGGGCCCCAUUCCAUUCCACGCCAAACCAACAGAAGUCCAUUCAGAAGAAAAUGAGCAGCCUAAAACAGAGAAAGAAGUCGAGGUUCUUCUAGAAGCAGUCGAGGGGCGAAUGAAAGAAGAUCUAUUUUCCAGUACCACUGUAUCCGAGCAAAUUUUCGCUGCCGGUGAAUACGCACAGGUAUCUAUUUUGGAAUGUAAGAGACCAGAGCCAAACGCAACCCUCAGUGAACCUGCCGUUACCUCGAGAAAAGAUAGUGAACAUGAAGAAGAAAUUCCACCCCCACUGCCAGUGUCGCCAGCCCCUGUUGUUCAAGAGGUUUCCAAGAUUUUGAGCUUUGUGAAUGCAGAAGUUCCUCCGACACUCGUAGCAACGAUCGAAUUGACAGAGCCGGUUCAAGAAUCGAUUUCGUGCCCACUUCCAAUGACUAAACUCGAAAAUAUUGAAGAAUCACUUUCAGCAACUCUUUCAGAAGAAUCCGUUUUAGAAAAAUCCAUUCCAGAGGAACCCCUGCCAGAGGCACCCCUGCCAGAAGAACGCCUUUCAGAAGUAGCCCUUCCUGAAGAACGCCUUCCAAAAAUACCGCUUCCAGAAGAAUCCCUUCCAGAAGAACCCCUUCCAGAAAUUGCCCUUCCAGAAAUUGCCCUUCCAGAAGAAUCCCUUCCAGAAGAACGCCUUCCAGAAGUACCUCUUCCAGAAGAACCCCUUUCAGAAUCACUUCCAGAAAUUUCUGCAGGUUUAGAAACUUCGAUUACAGAACCUACAAAUGCUGCUGAUAGUGCAAAAAUGAUCGAGUCCAAAUCCGAUGACGUUUCUGAUUCUUUGGAUGACCUUCCUCCCGUACCUCAAGAGCUCGCAACUUGUGAGGAGGAUUCUUCCGACUAUCCUCUGCCUCCGGACGAUCUCUCCAUCCAGUCGCUUCCAGCGGAGAGUCAAGAAUCCAGAAUCCCAGUGGAAUCCCUUCUCACUCCACCUAGUAGUCCUAGUCCUGCCAGUGUGAGCGUCACGACGACGACGGCGACCACGAGAGAGUGCUCCGAGACGCAUCUCUUCGACGACCAAAGCAAUCGUGAGUUCAAGGUGGAGUCGGUGACACAAAGCCUCAAUUCGUUCAAUGAUUCCGAGUCCGAGCCCGAAGUGAAGGAGAGGCUAACCGAGAGUGAGUCGCUCACGAGUCAAUUGACGAACGGCCACCACAUCACAUCCGAGGAUCACCAGAGCACUCCUGAGCCGGAAGCUCCAGUUGAGAACAAUGUUUCGGCAAACGAGGUCAGCACGACGGAAAGCGCCGUAGAUGACGCUCCCAAAAGUCCACCACCAGCCGUGCCCGUCGAGGUAUCUGUUUCACCAGCUCCUGCGCCCGUUAUCACUGAAGAUGUCGCUUCCGUAACUAAGGUCAUUGAGGAAAUUGAUAUUAGCGAGAAGGCCGUUGCUGCUGCCGUCAAGGAGGCAAUUGAAAACUCCAAUGCGAACGAAAUCGUUGUCGACUCGAACCACCAAAAUCAUAUGAAUGAAUAAGCGUCCCUAACCGAAUUGUAUUUUGGGAAGAAGAAAAGUUCUUUUCUCUCCUUAAAACCAAAAAAGUAUAUUAUAUAGAUAUGUAUAUUUGGACCAUUCCUGCAACUUAACCGAAAAAUGACGUAUCUUUCGUUACAAGCAGCAAAAAAAGAUCGACGACGACGACGAUGACAAAACCCGCGACAUCACGCGAGAGCACACAGACUUUAAUAGUAGGCCUAUUAAUUGUUAUAUGGCAUUUGACAGCGAAUGGAACUGAUUCGAGGAGCUGCGACAGCAACGGUUGCGUUAUUAGAAAAACCGGCGAACGCUACAGAGAAGAUAGUUGUUCGUUCCCGCGGUCGCUCGAUUGGUGAUUCGUUAUUUCGUGAGCCAAGCCGACGAUUGAGUUUUUUACUGGGCCGUGCCCAGCGCAGGGGGGUUACUGUAAUUUGUCCUGCAGUGUAGAAAUUUUACAAGUGUCAUUAAUUGUUAUUAAGCUAAGAUUUAAACGAAGAAGUAGAAGAAGACGAAAAUGAAGAAGAAGAAGACCAUUACGUGGCGGGCGAGCGAGCGACAAAGAGCGAUGAUUAUUCGGAGCGAGAUGAUCGGAAUGUAUCCAGCUCAUCGUCCACUCCGCGGGAAAUACUCAAAGGGUGGCACCCUCCCGUUACUACUACAUUACUGUUAUUACACAGAGAAAGAAAAUAUUGCUGGAAUCGAGCUGUGCGAGAUGCUGCUGCUGCUACUGCUGCAAGAAACAAGGAAGAAAAUUGUGGUCGUCACAGAUUGGUGUGUGCGGGAGAGGAAAAAAAGAAAGAGUGAUGGGGAAAGUGAGGAGAAACAACAGAAAUGCAGAGAUAAAAUCAAAGCGGAUCUGAGUGUGAAAGGUAGAGAACGAACGAGAUUAAGAGAGAAAGAGGGACAAGAGAGAGAGAGAGAGAGAGUGAAUGGAUAGAUACAAAAGAGGCGACGAAUCAUUAACGCAUAGAGUACGCAUUCACAUCCGCAUCGCGAUUUUAAAGACGUUACGAUACUAUUUUGUUCGUGUUUCCUUUAGCGAUCCUUGUCUUCUUUUUGUAAUUGUACAAUGGAAAGAUUUUGCGUCUAACGAGGAACCGCGCAAACGCGCGCACAUACACACACACACACACACACACACACACACAAGAGACUC